ACCGUUCAGGUUUUAUUCACAAAUAUUUUAGAAAGUGGGGGAAACUAUGAAUGCAAAACCUCACAGCAACCUCUCGCGUGUCUUCACGCGUAUUUUCUCGCCUCCCAUUUCCGCUCUAAAUAUUCACAUUCCCGCCAUCAUCGGCUGCUCGUGGGGCUCGAGCGCAGAUAACAUCAUACCCGGCAAAACUUACGCACGCCGACACUGCUCCACAUUGAAAGGGUAUAUUCAUUCUCCGGCGCUAUCUUAAAGGAAUCACCCUCCCGCAGUUCACUGGCCUCAUCUGUUUAGCCUCGAUUGUGUCCUGAGACGAAUUUGUUCCCACCUCGUCCACUAAUGGCUGUCGCAGUGCCCAAGAUGACCAGCUGCGGCACUGUCCGCAUCCGCAUCAGGUGUGGGGAGUUGGGUACCACCAAAUGGAAAGAGGGAAUCUUUGAAAUCCACGAGAGAGACAACAAAAUAAACCUGUUAGUGAAGUUCAGCAGUGGUGGUGCUCCAAAGAGCUUUCAGCUUAAUCACAAUGUAAAGCAGGUUUCGUGGGCUCCAAUUCACGGCCCGAACCGUGUGACUUUGACCCUGAAAGACGCAAGUGUUGUCAUGAUGGACAAACUGCCAAUGUUGGUUGCAAAGAAAAUGAGGGAAUAUCUUGAAAUGGUGAAGCAUGGGAAAACCGUGUUAAAGACAAACCAGGGAAGUGCUAGUUUUGGAUUAGUCCUUGGGAAUCGUACAUCACAGAAUGACUCCGGCCUCUCUCAGUCAGAAAAACAGACCACCCCAAAGCGCCCGAGUCUUGACAACAGAGAGGACAGCACACCACGGAAGCCUCUCGGGAGUCCCAGUCGGGUAACUUCCACACCUAGCCGUAAUGGACUCUCAGAAAACAGGAGUGAGAAGAGGAAGAGACUCAUGAACUCUGAUGGUGACAUGACUGAGGACUAUCCCAAAGAGAAUGACUCCUCUAGCAACAAUAAGGCCAUCACAGACACGUCUAGAAAGUUUCUGCUUAGCUGCAAAGAGAAGCUCAAGCAGUCAGAGGAGAACAGAGCAUCAGCUCCACUCGUUUCUACCCCUCUCCAGCCAACAUCCUUUUAUGGAAGCAGAACUGGAACUAAAGACUACACACAAGCCCAUUUAUUUUUGGACCGACCCAGCGGUACAGGCCAGAGUCCCUCUGCCAAAAGAAGCUUGAUUUUACCCAAUCACUCAACUCCGUUUAAAAAAGUGCGUCCAAAUUUGGACUACAGUGGUUGGAACAAACCGAGGCUGUCCACAUUGGCUCAGCCACAACCACCACUACAAGGAUUCUCCAACCUUGGGAACACGUGUUACAUGAAUGCCAUCCUCCAGUCGCUUUUCAGCCUGCCUUCAUUUUCAAAUGACCUGUUGAAGCAAGGAAUUCCAUGGAGGAGAGUCCCAAUCAAUGCUCUUCUGAGGCGUUUUGCUAACCUGCUGGCUAAGAAAGACAUCUCAUCUCCAGAUGUGAAGAAAGAUCUUUUGCGGCGAGUGAAGAAUGCCAUUUCCUCAACAGCUGAGCGUUUCUCUGGCUACAUGCAGAAUGAUGCUCAUGAGUUCUUGAGUCAGUGCUUGGACCAGCUGAAGGAGGAUGUGGAGAAGAUCAACAAAAGCUGGAAGAAUGAGCCCUCUGUCUGGGAGGAAACACAGAGCACACGGUUAUCAGAGGAGGCAGAUACCUCACGAAUUUACACCUGUCCAGUAACGGUCAACAUGGAGUUUGAAGUGCAGCACACCAUAACGUGUAAAAGCUGUGGAGAGGUGGUGACAAAGCGAGAACAGUUCAAUGACCUGUCCAUCGACCUGCCUCGCAGAAAGAAAACGCUCCAUCUGAGAUCCAUACAGGAUUCUCUAGAUCUUUUCUUCAGGAUGGAGGAGAUUGAGUAUUCCUGUGAAAAGUGCUGCGGAAAAACAGUGACUGUCUCACACAAAUUCAGCCGACUUCCCAGGGUAUUGAUCCUCCAUCUCAAACGGUACAGCUACAACACCCAACUGUCUUUGAACAGCAAGCUGGGCCAGCAAGUGCUGAUCCCCAAAUAUCUCACGCUGCUCUCCCACUGCACAGACGCCACGCGCCCUCCCCUCAGCCUCGGCUGGAGUGCCCAGACAGCCCUCUCCAGAACACUCAAGGUGUCACAGUCAGUCAAUUCUUCGACACUACGAAUAGGUUCUCAAAAGCCAGAGAGUUCAGCCAGUAUGUUGUGUGACUCUGAUAGUGAGGAGGAGCUUGUCAGAAAAGUUGGUCGCAAACAUCAACCAGAAUAUGACAGGAUGGAAGAGCAAAGCAGGCAGGUAGAUCAUUCAGAGUUUAAUGCCAUUAAUGAUGACGAGAUGCUGGCAGCUGUGCUGGAGAUGAGUCAUGACACCAGUCUCUCCGCAUGCCCUGACGAUGAGCCAACCAGCAGUCCUGACACAGGAUUUGGAGAUACUGAUGGCCAGGAUCUGACUCAUCAUUUGGAUCUGCUUGAUAAAGACAAACAACCUCCUGAUGCGUUGGAGUCUCUGGAUCUGACAAUGGAUGAGAACAAGGAGAACCAGACCCCUGAUGGUGUGCAGGGAGAAUUGGACUGGGUGAAGCAGUACAGCUUAGACCAGGAGCGUGAGGAACAGGAGCUGCAGCAGGCCCUCGCCCAGAGCCUGCAGGAACAUGAGGCGAGAGAGAUGAGAGAAGAGGAUGAUCUGAAGAGAGCCACUGAGCUCAGCCUGCAAGAGUUCAAUAACUCUUUGCCUGAGCUGCUGUGCUCUGAUGAUGACUCUGGGAAUGAAGAUGGUCUGGAUAUGGAGUACAGUGAAGCUGAGGCUGAAGAGCUCAAGAAGAAUGCUGAGACUGGGGAACUUCCCAACUCUUUCAGACUCAUCAGUGUGGUCAGUCACAUUGGUAGCAGUUCUUCAUCAGGGCAUUACAUAAGUGAUGUCUAUGACAUGAAGAAACAGUCCUGGCUCACAUACAAUGAUCUGGAUGUCUCCCGCACACAAGAGUCAAUUGUCCAGAGAGAUCGAGACAGGAGUGGAUAUAUCUUCUUCUACAUGCACAAAGAUGUUUUCGAGGAGCUGUCUGAGCUGGAAAAGGCAGGAGGGAACGGUGACGCUGGCCGAACUGUGCUGCAGCCGUUAUGAGUCUCAUCCCUCUCAACAUCCCAUCCAGGCUGAUCCUUCUACUGAUGAGAAGCUAUACUGAGCCAAGGGUAAAAGUGGCACCCUUCAUCAGUACUACUGAAGACUGCCCAAACACACAACACACCUACUUCUGGCACUUGUUCUGUUUCUCGAUUUUUCCCAUUUCUUCCUGUGAAAUACUGUUGCCGUUUCAAUGAAGACUGCAGAUUAGAUGGGCACAUAUUGUAGAAACCCACAUGUUUAUGGGGAAAAGCAAAGAAAAAUAAAUCUAUAUUGAAAGCAUUUUGAGUUUAUCGAGAGUAUAACUUCAACCUCGAAGUUGCUGUUCUAUUUUCUUUUUUUCCUUUGGGUUUUGAAUAUUGCUUUUUGUUUGCAUUUCAUUUAAAGUGUCUCUCUGGUGAACUUUUAUGCAUUAAGUCAGAGAAAGCUUGUUCUGUAAAACUCUAUUUUAAACUUUUUUUCUUUGAUCUAUUGCAUAUAAAAAUCUAUUCUUGUAUAUGUUUUACCUAAGGGUGGAAUGAGAAAUAUGGGUUGUCUCUGUCUUGUUUGAUAUGCAGCAGAAUAUGUGGUGCAAUAUUUGCUUUUUGCCAGAUGGCUUUUAAAUAACUGUCCUAUAGCGAUGAAGAGAGACUGGGAAUAGUUCCGGUUUAUAUUCAAGGCUUUACUGGAGACUGUUUUUUGUUUUAUUUUAUAAAGUUAAUCUAACAAGCUCUUUGGUACUGAUGUAGCUUGUCUUUUUUUUUAAAGAUCUCCAACACCUGCAGACCUAGUUAACUAUUUUCUUAUACUUUAUACAGCUUUACAUUGUGAAGUUGCACAACCAUUGUGUAGAAUGUCUUCAGAAAGAAGUCAAAUAACUUGUACACAUUUUACAGAGUAUAGAAGGUUAUGGCUAUGUGACAGCUUCAUAUAAAAUAGGCUGAUAUGAUUAUUUAUUUUUGGACAUUGUUCAAAAUUUGUAAAUCACUGUUUAAUUACACUGUACUGUCAUUCUCGUUUUUACCUUUUCAGUAAGCUUUUCUUUAUGUUUUCUGUUCUGGUAGGUUUAAGUAGGUUCAUGGAAGAGGUGGUACUUGUUUGGAAAUUGUGUGUAUGGUGUUCUCUGAAACAGUGGUAUAAGUGCUUAGUAUUCAGUCUUUGACUUCUUCAAACACAUUUUUAAAUAAAAUUUAUUUCGAAAAAAAAAUAAAAACUGCUUGUUUUAUGAUAUGAUACAAGAACCAGAUGUUCCCAGUAGUGCAUUUCAGCAGCAGUCUUGGUUUUUCCAUGGCCAGGAAGUCCACCAAUUAUUGUAAAGAAUCCUUCCAAUGUCUAUUGUCACAUGUCCUAUGUGCAUCUCUUUGUAAGUGGUUCGAGGUGGCGGCCAGUUAGCCUGUUGAACUCACUGAGAAUAUAACUUUCUUUCUGUAGCAUCUGUCAACAAAAGAUAAACAUACUUUGUGACACAUGCAGAUAUGUUUAUUAGACAGCUUUCUGGAGUACUUGGUCAAUCAUGGCAUUCUGUGGUCAAUUUUACAUUAACCACUAAACUAUAAUUUAAUGUUGUCUCAGGCAACAGAUGUUUUUUGUAUAGUGUGAUUUUCACAUUAGAUUUGUUUUUAAUUCAAGUAAAUAUUUUGUCUUUUUAUAUGUAUAUAUAUAUAUUUAUUUAGGAAAAAGCAAGGUAAUGUACAAUCAGCCAGUCUUUAUCACAAAAUAAACCCAGACAGAGUGAUAUUUUUGUUUGAGGUAUUUUUUUUUCUGGUACUGACUGGCUGAUUGUACAUUUACCUGGUCAAUUCUUACUUAAUCUGUGAAAAAAAUGUCUAAAUGUAUUUAAACCCUUAUCGAUACAAAAGAAAUCAAUGAUCCUAACUGUAAAAUAUAAUCAAGAUUUUUUGCAUUGUGACAAAUAAUUUCAGGACACUUAAGCACAUUUACCGUGCAAUUCUCAUUAUGACAACGUCGCUGGACAUUUCACUAUUUCCAUUGUUUUUAAUAAUAAUAAUAAUUCUCAUUACUGUAUCAUGUUUUUACUGUAUUACAAUAAAAAGAUGCUGUUUUUGUGCCAA